AUGGCCGAUAUUGCACGACUGCUUGUCCAACUUGGCCACGUUGAGGACGAAGUGAGAAAAGUAAAGAAGAACAUUUGUGUAGAUGGUGUUUUUCGACCGAGUUUGGCACAGGGGAAGCUGUACGAAAAAGUACUCCAGUGCCACUACAAAGAGUAUCGACGAAUCUGUUUCGAGCUUCUGCCCGUACUUCCACCCGAGAGGCACGAUGAGCUCGACAAGGAUGCCUCGCAUUUUGAGGAGAUUUACAGGGAUGCAUGUGUACUGGUGGAAAAGUUGUUCUAUUCCUGCCGGUCUACCGGUGACAUGCAUCAAAACGACAGAACGUCAUCCAGCUGCUUCACUGCGACGACUGUGUCACGCUGCCAUACCCCUCCGAUCCGAAGCCGAUCAAUGAAUUCAACGACGGAACACCCCGUUCCGAUUCUCGCUGAGACCGAAACGCCACGCACAUCAUUUCCAAACAGAAUCAAGGUGAGUACGAUUGUUGCCGACUCAUUCCAGUACGAGAAGCCGCUACACGAUGAAGAUUCCACGAAGAACAUGAAUCCUCCGACGAGCCAGAAGGAUUCACGUGUCGGCAACGAGCCGAACGAGUUUGUCGACAGCAAGACCGAAGACUCGAAGACGAUAACGAUCCCGAUGCCAACCGGACUCGGUCCGGUACUGAUGCCGUUUCGCCCACCUCCUGGAUUCCAUCCGACGCCUAAGCGGAACCAGAUGCCAACCGGGAUGCCUCCGGUGUCCCAGUGCCCGACCGGUGCCUCUCCGGUACCACAGCCGCUUCAGAGUGCGACCGGUUCUCAACCGGUAUCCCAGCCGCUUCGACCCACGACCGGUUCCCUACCGGUAUUUCAUCCGCUCCAAUGCAAGACCGACUCUCUUCCGACAUCGCAGCAGUCCCGAUGCGUGACCGGAUCUUGUCCGGUGCUCCAGAUCCCGUACGAGACCGAAUCCUUUCCGACGUCGAAGCUUCCAACCCCGAUGACCGGAUUGCGUCCGGUGCAAGAGCAGUACCCGUGUGCUGACGAACCAAAUCCGAAGCGACCCGAUGUAGCCGGAAUUCCUCCGGUGUUGAAGCCAUUCCUGUCGACAGUCGAAGCUUCACCGGUGACCACGCCGGCUCUGAUGCCCAUCGGUGCCAGCCCAGUGAAGAAGCCAACCACUACGUCCGUCGAUACCCGUUCGGCGACCAAGCCGACCAUGAUGUCCGCCGGUUCCCCUCCGGUGGGCAAAACGAUCUCGCCGUCCGCUGGAGCCAGUCCAGUGGACAAUUCCGCCCCGAUGGCCGUCGGUUCCCAUCCGAUGGUUAAGCCGACCCCGAUGUCCGUUGGAACCAGUCCAGCGUGCAGUUCCGCUCAGAGGUCCGCCGGUACUAGUCCGGUGGUCAUGCCGAUCCCGAUGUCCCCUGGAACCAGUCCAGUGGGCUGCUCCGACCAGAGGUUCACCGAUACCAGUUCGGUGAUCAAUUACGCCCACGUGUCCGUCGGUUUCCCUCCGGUGGCCAAGAUGAUCUCGCCGUCCGCUGGAGCCAGUCCAGUGGGAAGUUCCGCCCCGACGGCCGUCGGUACCCUUCCGAUGGUCAAGCCAACACCGAUGUCCGCUGGAGGCAGUCCAGUGGACAAUUCCGCCCAGAGGUCCAUCGGUACCAGUCCGGUGGUCACGCCGAUCCCGAUGUCCACUGGAACCAAUCCAGUGGGCAACUCCGCCCUGAGGUUCACCGACGCCCGUUCGGUGAUCAAUUACGACCAGAGGUCCAUCGGUACCAGUCCGGUGAUCAAGCCAACCCUGAGGUCCGCCGGUGCCCUUCCGGUGUUCUAUUCCACCCCGAUGUCUGUCGGUCCCUUUCCGGCAGUUAAACCGACCUUGCCGCCCAUCGAAGCCAAUCCGCCUCCAAAGUCCACUGGAACGAGUCCAGUGGUGAAGCCGACCGUGAUAUCCACCGGAGCCAAACCCUUCAACGACUCAGCCGGUCUCUGUCCGGUAGCCAAGCCAUCCCCGAAGUCCGCCAGUCUCCGUCCGGUAACCCAUUCAGACCCGAUGUCAUCCAGCAUUGUUGCAGUGUACCCGCCGGUCCCAACAAAAAGGAUUAACAAGACGAAUAGAACAUCACCGACAGCCGGAAUUCGUCCGGCGCGCAAGCGAGUUCAGAGUAGGACAGAUCAAGUGCAAACCCCGAAGACAACAGAAACCCGCCCGAUGACAAGCCGUGCCCUCAUGCCCUCUGAAAUCCGUCCGGUCACGAGAACCCAUCCGAGGAAGCAGUGGAUCGGGGUGGUCCCGAAGUUCUUCCAACCACCACUGGAUCCGCCACCGGUCAACGUGACUGGUGUUUUCGAACAGCUCCAUUCCGACUCGCGGCCGAGGAAACCACCAGAUGGACCUCCGAAGCAAAUCCGACCCAGCGAAGCCAUCGUGGAGCGUGUGUCCCGAACGCGUCCACUCAAAGACCCGAUCAAGAGGCUGGUCAGCAUUCUCCCACCUAUUCUGGCCGGGGAGUAUGUUCGCGCCAACGCGAAGAAGUAA